GAAAUACAUACUACUUAAAUACAUGCCAAUAGCAACACAAAUAAACUCACUUCAUCACAAUUUUUCUCUCCUUCUUCAAAUUGUUUCAAGAUUCUGAGCUCUCAAUUCAAGACCAUUCUUAGACUUGAAUUUGCAAGUCUUUGAAUUGCACAUAAGAUGAGCAUUGUGUAUACUCAAGCAUUCAACUACUCUGAAGGUGGUUCAAUGAAGAACACAGAAAUGGAUUCAAAAUUUGGUUACUCACAAACACAACAACAUUGUCUCCAAAACAAUUCCGGCUUAACGCGGUAUCGUUCAGCUCCAAGCUCAUUACUUACAAGCCUUGUAGACAGAAGCAUUGGAUUUUUCAAUGAAGAAACUUUCAGAAAUGAGAAUCAUCAGCAGCAGCAUUAUUCUACCUCUACAAGUUCAGAAAUGGAAACAAUGUUUACUAAUUCAGAAUCUUUCUCAGUGAAACAAGAAGAAAAGGACCCUUUUUCACAUGGAAUACAAUACAAUGAUUACUCUUAUGGAUCUCAAAAUCAGAUAAAUUAUCAAACUCAACAUAAUCAAGGAUUUCCAAAUGGUUCUUUAGGUGUUGAAGACAAUGUUUUUGAUGGUUCUUCUAAUAAUUGCUCCAAUCUUAUUAGGCAAAAGAGUUCUCCUGCUGAGUUUUUCUCCAAUUAUUCAGUUGAUAGUGGUUUAGGAUGUGCUAAUGGACAAGCUACUACAUCAACUAGUGGAUUACAUGGUACUUUGAACUUCUCAUCUAGAACAUCCUCUUGCUCUAUCAAGAUGCCACUAAUUGUUGAAAAUGAACAUGAAGUUCUUCAAGCAAAUUGUAUUAAAAGUAGAAACAUGGGAAAUGAUAAUUGUAUCACAAAAUCUUACAUGCCUAGCUUCACCAAUGACUACUGGGAUAGUUCUACAUUCAGUGCUCCAAAAAAUGCUUCUAAUAAGGGUGAAUUCAUGUUUUCCACUUCAAAUGCUUUGGAAACUCAGAAUGUAGAUUUUGGAUACCAAAAACUUGGUUUGACCCAUCAUUUGAGUCUGCCAAGCUCUUCUUCCAAGAUGGCUACUAUGGAGAAGUUUUUACACCUUCAAGGAUCUGUUCCAUGUAAAAUUCGUGCCAAAAGAGGCUUUGCCACUCACCCUAGAAGCAUUGCAGAGAGGGAAAGAAGAAUAAGAAUUAGUGCAAGAAUAAAAAAACUGCAAGACCUUUUCCCGAAUGCAGAUAAGCAAAAUAGCACAGCUGAUAUGUUGGAUGAAGCAGUUGAGUACAUUAAAGACCUCAGGAAACAACUUAAGAUACUAACAGAGACUAAGGCAAAGUGCAGUUGUACAAGUAAUUAGAAGCAGUUGUCAGACCUGGUGCCUGAUGUUUAUCCUUGUAGAUUACAAAAUAGAGAAGGGAUUUGUUUUUAAUCUAUCUUUUAGUUUUGCCAAAAUAAUGGCUAGUGUAAUUGUAUAAAAUAAUGUUAAUAUUUGCAUAGUUUGUAUGAAUUUAGGUCUGAUAAAUAUGUUUUUGAUUUUUGUUCUCUCU